CGCGCCACUGCGCACUCGCGGGAGGGCGGUACCACGGCGCUGCGACAUGGGGGGGCGCGGAGCAGACGCCGGAAGUAGCGGAGGGACGGGUGCCCCCGAGGGGUACUCAGCGCCGGCCGCCUCCGCCAGAGCCGCGGCCAAAGCCAAGGCCCGAGGGGGUGGGCGUGGCGGCCGCCGGAACACGACGCCCUCCGUUCCCUCUCCUCGCGGAGCGGCGCCGCGUCGCUCGUCUCCAUCGGCUGCCAUGAGCGAGCGCCUCCGCCCCAGAAAAAGGAGAAGGAAUGGCAGUGAAGAAGACCACCAUCUCCCCCCACAGACCAAAAGGAGCAGUAGAAAUCCUGUCUUUCACGAUUCUUGGGACACAGAGACAAUAGAAACGAUGUUAGACAAAAAGCAAAUUCUAGCAAUUUCCUUAUUUGAGUUCAAAAUGGUUCGUAAAGCAAUGGAGACAACUCUCAACAUCAGCAGUGCAUUUGGCCCAGGAACUGUAAUGAACGUAUAGUACAGUGGUGGUUCAAGGAGUUUUGGAAAGGACGAGAGAGCCUGAAGAUGAGGAGCGCAGUGGCCGGCCGUGGGAAAUCGACAGCGGUCAGCUGAGACCAUCGUGAAAGCUGAUCCUCUUACGGCUACACAGGAAGUUGCCCAAGAACUCAACGUUGACGAUUCUAUGGUCAUUUGGCAUUUGAAGCAAACUGGAAAGGUGAAAAGGCUCGCUAAGUGGGUGUCUCAUGAGCUGAUUGAAAAUGAAAAAAAUCGUAGUUUUGAAAUGUCAUCAUCUCUAAUCCUGUGCAUCAACAGUGAACCAUUUCUCAAUCAGAUUGUGACGUGUGAUGAAAGGUGGAUUUUAUACAACAACGGCAACGACCAGCUUAGUGGUUAGACCGAGAAGAAGCUCCAAGACGCUUUGCAAAGCCAAUCUUGCAUCAGAAAAAGUGGUGGUUACUGUUGGGUGGUCUGCUGCUGAUCUGAUCCACUACAGCUUUCUGAAUCCCAGCGAAAACAUUAUGUCUGGGAAGUAUGCUCAGCAAAUUGAUGAGAUGCACCAAAAACUGCAAUGCCUGCAGCUGGCAUUGGUCAACAGAAGAGGCCCAGUUCUUCUCCAUGACAAUACCUGACCACAUGUCAUGCAACCAAUGCUUCACAAGUUGAAUGAAUGGGACUAGGAAGUCUUGCCUCAUGUGCUGUAUUCACCUGACCUCUCCCCAACCAACUGCCACUUCUUUGUGUCUUGACAACUUUUUGCAGGGAAAACUCCCACAACCAGCAGGAGGCAGAAAAUGCUUUCCAGGAGCUAGUCGAAUCCCGAAGCAGGGAUAUUUAUGCAACAGGAAUAAGCAAACUGAUUUCUCGUUGGCAAAAAUGUGUUGCUUGAAAUGGUUCCUAUUUUGGUUAAUAAAGAUGUGUUUGAGCCUAGUUAUACUGAUUUAAAAUUCAUGGUCCGAAACCAUAAUUACAUUUGCACCGACCCGAUAACUUUUUAAAAGAUCCAUUCAAACUGGAGGAACACUCCUUUCAAAAGUGUUAGAAGUGUUAGUCACUCAGUUGUGUCUGACUCUUUUUGACCCCCUGACCUGGGGCCCACCAGGCUCCUCUGUGGAAUUUCCCAGGCAAGAAUGCUGGAGUGCGUUGCCAUUUCCUUCUCCCGGGGAUCUUUUCAACCCAGGGAUUGAACCUGGGUCUCCCACAUUGCAGGCAGAUUCCUUUAUCGACUGAACCACCAGGGAAGGCUCGCUGUUCAAGUUCUUGAAAUAUUUGUGAUGCGUUGCAUCAGCUCCGAGUACGGAUAGCUACCCAAGCAGUUUCAUCUUGAACCUGACUGUUGCCUUGUUGAGUAAUGAGGAUACAUACAUGUUUUUAGGCAGGAACUUCAAACAGAUGAUGUGGCCUAACUCUGUCUUGUAAGGAGUGACCCCUGUAUUUUCUUCCCAUGCAUAUUUAGGAAGUGGUUUUAAUUGGCCUACUGAACUCAUUUGGAGUCUAAUGGGCCCACUGAGAGCUCUCUUAACCCACUGAGAGCUUACCAGACCUGGAGCUCACUCAAGUCACUGGGCACUUUGGGAGCACAGUUUUAAGUUAGAAGCCCUGGUGGACUUGGCUGGGAUCACCUCUUGUAAUUCGCAUUCUACAGUGGCCUUAGGGUGAACUCAUUCUCACUCCAGGGAUGGAGUGUGUAAUACAACCAGCAAGAUUUUUUUUUUUU